AUGGCCUCGCCAGCACCACUCCUGAGACCGCCCAUCCCCGGCAGUAGGAACACGAGCGUCUCACGCACACCUAAGCUCGGCCUGGCCAUACCACCUUCGCCCAAUGCUAGACCCCUCAACCCCACUAGCAACUCACACGCCGUACCGCCUCUACAAAUACCGCCUCGCCAGGCGCCUCCAAAGCUGAGUCUGGCUACACCCAUGGGAAGUCAUGGAAUCCCUCAAGAAACUGCUCGGGCUACAAGAGGAAAACUGCCUCCACUUCAAGUCACUGGGCUCUCGACCGGUCAGGGCUGUGGCAGCAGUGAUGAUAGUGCUCGUUCGAGAUCCAACAGCAAUGGUGCGAGCAAUAACUAUUCUACCUCUACCACCGCUUCCUCUUACUCGGCUUCACUGGCCGGACUGAUUGGCGGGCAAUCCAACUCCCAAGAUCCUCUUUCUGCUGCUGGCUCGUUAUAUUCGGCAUCGUCCGCUGGCGGACUUGGUGGUGCUGCUAUGGAAAGAGAUGGCAGCAUGCAGGGAGCACUAUUACCAGAUCUGGAGAAGCUGAGCUUGGAAAAAGGAAGAGCGCUCGAUGUUGAGGAUUUGGACGAUGCUGGCUGGAAAGUGGCUGCUAGGGAGAACAGGAUUGUCGAGCUCGGGAGCCUGGGUGAAGGUGCAGGAGGUGCUGUCAACAGGUGUAUACUCAAAGGUGGAAAGACAGUUUUCGCACUAAAGAUCAUCACGACAGACCCUAAUCCGGACGUCAAGAAACAGAUUGUACGCGAGCUCUCAUUCAACAAAAACUGUGCCUCUUCGCACAUCUGCCGCUACUAUGGCGCUUUCAUCGACGAAACCCACGGCACCAUCGGUAUCUCUAUGGAAUACUGCGAAGGUGGUUCUCUGGACUCGGUCUACCGCGAAGUCAAGAAAUUGGGAGGUCGCACAGGCGAAAAGGUCUUGGGUAAAGUGGCUGAGGGUGUGCUCAAUGGACUCACCUAUCUGCACAGUCACCGCAUCAUUCACCGCGACAUCAAGCCGUCUAAUAUCCUGCUCACCCGAUCUGGUGAGGUCAAACUUUGUGACUUUGGUGUAUCUGGAGAAUUCGGCACCAAAGGUGACGCAAACACAUUCAUCGGAACAUCAUAUUACAUGGCACCGGAACGUAUUACUGGUCAAAGCUACACGAUUACUUCCGAUGUGUGGAGUCUGGGUGUUACCCUACUUGAGGUAGCGCAGCACAGAUUUCCCUUCCCAGCUGACGGAACGGAGGAGGAGAUGCAACCUAGAGCCGGACUUAUCGAUCUCCUGACCUACAUCGUCUCCCAGCCUAUUCCGAAGCUCAAAGACGAGAUCGAUACCCCUGACGGACAGGACAUCCGAUGGAGCGAGAACUUCAAAUACUUCAUCGAGUGCUGUCUGGAAAAAGAGCCCAACCGACGUGCAACACCCUGGCGGAUGCUGGAACAUCCAUGGAUGUUGGAGAUCAAAUCCAAGCGAGUCAACAUGGCUGCGUUCCUCAAAAGAGUAUGGGAUUGGUCAGACUAA